AUGGGCUUAGACCAUCGUAGGUUGUAUCCGAAGGUGAUUGCUCAGUACAUAUUCAACAUGGUCAAAACAGAUCCAACAAUCAGCAUAAGGGUUUUGCAGAGAGGUGUGGAGAAUCACUUCGGUUAUAAGGCAUCGUACAGAAAGGUUUGGCUUGCAAAGCAGAGAGUCAUUACUAGAAUAUAUGGCGAUUGGGAGGAGUCAUACAACGAGCUUCCUCGUUGGUUAUUCGCUAUGCAGAUGUACUUACCCGGUAAGAUUCAAUACAUUCCUUGGCCUGGUGCAAUCGCCACUGUCAUGUUUCUUCAGGUAUUUUGGACGUUUCCACCAUGUGUUGAGGCUUUCAAACAUUGCAAGCCACUUAUUUCUAUCGAUGGCACCCACUUAUAUGGUAUAUACGGAGGCACGUUACUUAUGGCUAUUGCUCAAGAUGGCAAUGCAAAUAUAUUGCCUAUUGCAUUUGCCAUUGUUGAGGAAGAGACGAAGGAGGCUUGGUCGUUUUUUCUUUUGUAUUUGCAGCAACAUGUGACACCAAAACCCGACGUUUUAGUGAUUUUAGAUAGGCUCAAAUCAGUUGAUGCUGCAUUGAAUGCCGAUGAAAGUUUAUGGAAACCACUGCAUGCGUUUCAGGUGUUUUGUGCAAGACACAUUGCUGCCAACUUCAUGAGUCACUUCAAAAACAAGGACUUGAAGAAGAUUCUGUAUGCGGACGAGGGUCGUCAGUUUGGUCACAUGACAACAAACAUCUCGGAGUGCAUUAACGCUGUCAUGAAGGGUUCUCAUAAUUUGCCCAUCAUUACUCUUGUUAAGUCAAGUUAUUUCUAUUUGGGUGAACUUUUUGCUAGGAAGGGUUCAGAGGCCCUUGCUUAG